CACUGACAAUUUUUGUCGACAGCUUGUUCGACGUGUUAUGGCCGUCAUCAGCGGUGUCGUGUGUUUUGCUUGACACUUUCGUCCGAUUUCAGCCGCCUCCGAGGGAUUUUCAUCUUUUUCUUUUUUUGCCCAUGUGCCUGGUUUGAUUUCACCAUCAAAUUACUUCAAAUGGCGCGUCCUUCGAUCUUGUUUCUGUUCGUGUUUGCGACUGCGGUUCCAAGUUGGGCGUUUUAUCUGCCCGGCUUGGCUCCAGUCAACUUCUGCAAAGAAGGCGAAGGCAAUCAUGAUACCUGCAAGUCUGAUGUUGCUUUGUACGUCAACCGACUGAACUCCGAAGAUUCCGUUCUACCUUAUGAAUAUCAUCAUUUUGACUUCUGUUUGUCCGACGAGACCAAUUCUCCUGUGGAAAACCUUGGCCAGGUUGUGUUCGGUGAAAGGAUUCGUCCAUCACCUUACAAGAUUAAAUUCUUGGAGGAUCAGCAAUGCACGGUCCUAUGUACCAAGCAAUACACAGGCGGAAACCCAGAGUCUCUGCGCAACCUGCAACACCUAAAGAAGGGCAUAAGCCUGAAUUACCAGCAUCACUGGAUUGUCGACAACAUGCCCGUCACCUGGUGUUAUCACAUGACCGACGGCCAGCAACAUUGCCUUACAGGCUUUCCUAUGGGCUGUUAUAAUCAUGACGCCAACAAAGAUAACUGCAUGAUUGGAAGUGCUGCCAAGCAAAGUGUCUACUAUAUCUACAACCACGUCGACUUAACCGUCACAUACCAUAGUGGCGACAAGGAGGACUGGGGCAGCAGCUUUGGCCACAAUGGCGGCAGAAUUAUUUCUGUCAAGGUGGUUCCUCGUAGCAUCAACCAUGAGGAUCCAACAAAGCCAGACUGCAGCAGCAAAAGCCGUCCCAUGGAGAUCCACGGAAAGGAGCUCAGCUCCGGCGAGAAGCUCUCUAUCACUUACACCUACUCUGUCACCUUCAAGGCGCAAAAUGACAUUAAGUGGUCUUCCCGAUGGGAUUACAUCCUCGAGUCGAUGCCUCACUCAAACAUCCAAUGGUUCUCGAUCCUCAACUCUCUGGUGAUCGUUCUCUUCCUCUCGGGCAUGGUGGCCAUGAUCCUCCUGCGAACCCUGCACAAGGACAUCGCCAGGUACAACCAGAUCGACUCUGGCGAGGACGCCCAGGAGGAAUUUGGCUGGAAGCUCGUCCACGGUGACGUGUUCCGGCCUCCACGAAAGGGCAUGUUGCUGUCGGUGCUGCUUGGCUCUGGUAUGCAAGUGCUCUGCAUGACCCUGGUGACCCUGGCGUUCGCCUGCCUCGGUUUCCUGUCUCCCGCUAACCGCGGCGCGCUCAUGACCUGCGCCAUGGUCCUCUAUGCCUGCCUAGGAACACCAGCCGGCUACGUUUCGGCUCGUGUCUAUAAAAGUUUCGGGGGUGAAAAGUGGAAGCUGAAUGUAAUGCUGACGUCGAUGCUCUCUCCUGGUGUUGUCUUCUCGCUGUUCUUUGUGCUGAACCUGAUUUUGUGGGGCGAGGGAAGCUCAGCGGCAGUGCCGUUCACCACCCUGAUCGCCAUCCUGGCUCUCUGGUUCGGCGUGUCUGUGCCCCUGACCUUCGUUGGAGCCUUCCUCGGCUUCAGAAAGAGGCCUCUGGAGCAUCCUGUGAGGACUAACCAGAUUCCUCGCCAGAUUCCGGAGCAAUCUGUGUACACCCAGCCCAUCCCUGGAGUGAUCAUGGGUGGAGUACUGCCAUUUGGCUGCAUCUUCAUCCAGCUCUUCUUCAUCCUAAACUCGAUUUGGUCCAGCCAGAUGUACUAUAUGUUUGGUUUCCUCUUCCUGGUCUUCGUCAUCUUGGUCAUCACGUGUUCGGAGACGACUAUCCUCCUCUGUUACUUCCAUCUCUGCGCAGAGGACUACCACUGGUGGUGGCGCAGCUUCCUCACCAGCGGCUUCACAGCCUUCUACUUGUUCAUUUACUGCGUCCAUUAUUUCGUAACAAAGCUGAACAUCGAGGACACGGCCUCCACCUUCCUCUACUUUGGCUACACCUUGAUCAUGGUGUUCCUCUUCUUCCUCUUGACAGGCACCAUUGGCUUCUUUGCCUGCUUCUGGUUUGUGCGCAAAAUCUAUAGUGUUGUGAAGGUUGAUUAAGCGUUCAACCAGCGAGUGGAGAAUUGAGUGUUUUGUUGGAGCACAAUUCUUUAUAUGAUUUUUGUUGAUAAGCCAGUAUGGUGGAGUUCACACACUUCUUGUGCUUUCAACUCACUUCUGUUGGACUGACUUUGCGCAUCUUGUGAAAGAGGUUGAUAUGUUUGUCACUGUUUUCUAAGAAGUUCUCUUUCUCCUGGCAUUUGAUUCCAUCUACUAUAUAUUUGUACAUAACAAGACGAAGAAGAAGAGUAAAAGUGCGUUAUCUUGUGAUCUGUCUUCAUAGAAAAUUGAAACAGAAUAGUCGUACGUUAAGCAAAAGCAAUGCAAGCUAAACAAAUUUCAAACUGCUUAUAUAUUGACUCGAACCUGCGGCAUUUCUGGUGUUUGUAAACAACCGAUGAAUCCAAAUCUUUUUCGCAUUAUCCAAUUCAGUACAUCAGCUCAUGCACUUAAUUAUCAUAUGGUUCGUUCCCAGCUAAAGAUUAGUAUUAAUUUAUUUGAUCCAAAAAUCUUACAACAUUGAAGUUAAGCAUGAUGCUAAAUACAUAUUUCCUAUUACUUUCGAUAGCUGUGGGUGAUAACUUCUUGAUAGGUUAGAUGAUAUUGAAGAAGUAUCCUUCGUUAUUUUUAUUGCAGUGAAUUGCUUGAAUAUAAUGUGAAUCAAAUAUUAUUUCGUGUGCACUAAAGAGAAGCGUUAGAUGCGAAACGUUUUUGUGAAGAGCAAACGACUAUAAAAAUCGAGUAAAUGAGUCAUGCUGUAAAAGUAAAUCUAAGUUUUAAAAUAAAAAAUAAACCAUUGGUAAAUUUAAAAAAAA